AUGCGGUCCGAUGGCUUAUUUAUCAAGCUUGUGCUUUUAGAGGGCAUGAUGAAUCCCUUCAAAUCAAGUAAUCGAGCCAAUUUCAUUGAAAUGGUAAAGGCUUUUGCGUCAUAUAAUGAUGAUGUCGCUAGAAUUGUUCUUGAAAAUGCUCCAAAAAAUGCCAAAAAAGUGAGAAGUAAGAUUCGUGAAGAUAUCGGCAAUGCCAAGUUUUGUAUUCUUAUUGAUGAAGCUCGUGAUGAAUCUAAAAGAGAACAAACGGCUUUCGUUUUAAGAUACGUUGAUAAGGAUGGUUUUUUACAAGAACGUUUCUUUGAUCUUGUGCAUGUCAAAGAUACAACUUCAUUGAAUUUAAAAAAAGAUCUUUGUGCGGUUCUUUCUCACUAUAAUCUUGAUGUUCACAAUCUCCGAGGUCAAGGUUAUGAUGGUGCUAGCAAUAUGCGUGGCGGAUGGAAUGCUUUGCAACAAAAAGAUCACGACAUCGUAAAUGCUAUGCAAUUGGUUUCGAGUACAAAACAAAUCAUUCUGAAAUUGAGAGAAAAUGGUUGGAACAAGUUACUUGAUAUUGUUAAAUCAUUUUGUGAGUGCCACAACAUUGAUGUGCCUGAUUUGAGUGUUCCUUGUACCAAAAAAAUUAAGGGUCAGUUAUGUCACCCACAAGAGAAUAUUACACUUGAGCACCACUAUCGGAUUGAUAUAUUUUAUGGCACAAUUGAUUCACAAUUGCAAAAGUUGAAUAACAAAUUUAGUGAAAAGGCAAUGAAACUUGUUACUCUCAGCUCAGCUUUGGAUCCUAGAGAUGGUUACAAGUUCUUUAACAUUGAAGACAUUUGCACACUUGUAGAUGAAUUUUAUCCUCAAGAUUUCACGGACCAAGAGAGGAUUAUGUUGACAUUCCAAUUGCAACAUUAUGAGGUUAAAAUGCCUGUUCAUUCAUAUUUGAAAAAUAUGUCAACAAUUUCUGAACUAUGUAGAGGAUUAGUGGAAACAAAGAAGUCAAAAAUCUACUUUUUGAUUGAUAGGUUGAUUCGUCUUGUCUUGACUCUUCCCGUUUCCACGGCAACUACAGAAAGGGCAUUUUCAACUAUGAAACUUGUCAGAACACAACUGCACAACAGGAUGGAGGAUGAGUUUCUUGCAGAUUACUUGAGUGUCAGUAUUGAAAAAGAAAUUGCUCAUACUUUUAGUACAGAUUCAAUUAUAGAUGAUUUUUCUUCUCUAAAAGAAUGUCAAGCUCAGCUUUUAUAG